UGCUGGUCUGUAGACAAACUAACAAGGAUCACAUAUUUUGUGUAAAACACAAAAUUUCAAGACAAGAUUUACCUACCAAACGACAAUAAAGAUUUGCCUGGGCAGUAAAAUACUCAAAGCUAUCGAUUCUGCGGAAUAGAAUUGAAUAUUAAAUUUUUGUGGCCUAAAUAACAUAAACAAUGGAUUCUUGCCUGGGUGUUGAACAAGAUUUGGACAAAGCCACUUCAAAAUUCACUGCCCUUAAUGAUCAUUCAAACAAAAUUUUGGGAGAAGUAAUCAAUCAGGUUGAAGACUUAAGGAAAGAGAUAUCUCAGCAACCUCCAGACACACCUUUAACACAAAAUCAAGUAGAUAUUAUACAUGAGCUGGCAUCUUCAGUCAAGCAAUCAGUGUUUCAACUUUCUACAGACCAUCGUGAGUUGCAUGCAACAGUGUCAAGAGUUGGCAAGUCAAUUGACAGGCACUUCAUAGCUGACUAUGCAGCAGUGGCUCCCAAAGCAGAGUCCUUCUGUUCAGACACAAACAGGCCUAUUAUGGAGCAAGCUAUUGCACAGCAUUUAUAUAGACAGGACCUGGAGGAUGUAGGUGACUCGCUUGUCGGCGAGGCUAGAGUGGGGGUGUCGGAGCGCGGCAGUACCUUCGCGCAGUUACAACGUUGUGCUGCCGCUCUUGCUGCCGCUGACCCCGCACCCGCCCUCGCCUGGGCAGCGUCCCGGGAACACGAUCUCACCCAUUCCCCAUUGCUGUUCACCCUACACCGUAUGCAGAUGAUGAAGCUGGCGCGCGAGGAGGGCGUAUCGGCGGCGAUAUCGUACGCGCGCGCGUACCUGUCGCAGCACGUGUCGCGCCACGAGCGUGCACUGCGCGCGUGCAUGGGCGUGCUAGUGUGGUGCACGCAGGCCGCGCCGCCCGCACCCCCGCCGCCCGAGUACGCUCACCUGCUUGAUCUGAAGGCAUUGGGGGCGGAAGCAGGUGAGCUUUUUCUGCGCGAGGCGUGCUCACUCCUCCGGCUGGCGCCGCACUCUCCUCUAGCGGGCGCUGUGCUCGCUGGCGCACGCGUGCUCCCCGCUCUACACGAUAUACGUGCCAAGAUGUCGCACCCACACGUGCUCGCCGCUUGGGCUGACGACGAACUGCCUCUCGAGGUGGAGCUGGGCGAGGAGGGGGGCGGAUAUCACUCCGUGUUCGCGUGCCCCAUUCUCCGACAGCAGGCGUCGGAUCACAACCCACCGAUGCGCUUGCUUUGCGGACACGUCAUCUCGCGUGACGCGCUCAACAAACUUGCUAUGGGGCUCAAAUUGAAAUGCCCCUAUUGCCCCAUGGAGCAGUCGCCAUCAGAAGCUCGACAGAUUUACUUCUCGUAAAUACUAAAAUACGCAUAAACAAAUUUGACAGAUUAUAAAAUAGCAUAUUAUUAAGUUUAAUCGUUAAACAGAUGAAAUAAAUAUUGGAAUGAAAGUUGCAUUUUUAAUGACGUAACUUCAUCUGAUAUUUAUGUAAUGGUCGCUGCUUAAUAAAUGUGGUUUUUUUGGCUGACGGAAGGAGACGAGUAAUUAUAUAGUAACAUCCUUUUAUAUGAUAAUUGAAAAGUAGGGUACUAUGUUGAUGAGGUUACAUAACUAUUAAUUCAUUAACUAUUAAUUAAUUUUCAUAUACUGUACAAAGUAAUAAUAAAAAAUACGCGAUGACAACCAAGAUCAAGCAUUGGUUGCCUGGAAAAGAUCGCUAUGUGCGAUAAGGCUGCCUUAUUUUACACGCUGUAUACAAGUCGCUCAUAUAUAACUUGUAUAGUAUCUUAAGAAAUAUCAAUCUGCUACUGAAACUAUAGGAUAAGCAGAAAUAAUUUCUGAUACCGAAAUUUUAGCUUAUCUGAAACCUAUGUAAUAUUUAUAUAUCCACAUCCAGAUUUGUAAUUUCAUAUACGCAACAUCCCUUUUUCCGGCAAUGUUCAUAGUUCCGUUCCGGUAUUGAUGUUGAAGAUAAAACAGGUAUCCAUGAAAUCUUAUAUUUGUAUUCUCUCAAAUAAAUAAUUGUAUAAGUUUCGUACACCCAAAAUUAUAAUUUGUACACUUUAGAAAUGUUGGCAUACAUAAUCACGUUAAGUAGUUAUUGGAAAUAGAUUUCAAAGAAAUACUAUGAAGAAAAACAAAAGCAAUUAAUUGUAAAUACGAAAUGUAACAAAAAUUUUAAGUUAUUGGAGGGAAAUUCCCCCUCCCUCUUUAUAUUAUAGACCUAUAAUAUCAAAAACGAUCGUAUUCACUGCUGUGUGAUUCCAAAUGGUGUAUAAGUAUAUUUAUUAAUGGUUUCAACGUAUGUUUUAAAGUUUUGCAUUUUUUUAAAUAAUUAAAACAUCAACAUAACCUUAUAGUGAGAUGACGGUUGAUAGAAGUGAGUGGAAGAUAUAUGUUGUGCCGACCCUGCAUAAUAUGGGAUAAGGGCAACAAAAAACAAGAAAAACCAUACCUUUAAUUAAGCGACAUACUCUGAACAAAAUAAAUGUGUCACUACACUACUUAGCUGUUAAGUUUUGGAAAUGUACCCUUAUUUUAAUGGGCGUAAAUCUCUCAUUUAAUAUGGAGAACCAAACGUCUUGACAGAUUUGACUUGAUGUUACUCAAAUUUUGACUUUAUAAAAAUCCGGCCAUUGAAAUAAUGCGCUGUCAGUUGGGCAUCUAAAAACUUGCAUGAAACAAUAGUUACAUUUUUACCGAUCAAUUUCCUUCGUAAAGUACCUUGUGCCCAGUUUCACCAAUUAAAGACAUAAACAAAAAUUUAAUUUUACAUUGUAACAGCACAGGUAUAAAAAUUAUUAAAAAACUUUUCUUCUAAAUUUAUCCAUAAAUUAAAAAAUAAUAUAAAUUGACUAUUAUUAAAUAAUAAUAACCAUUCGUUAUUACGGCAAAUAGACAACACAUGCAUACUUUAGUCAAAAAAUUUAACGCCACUUUGAAGUAACAGUAAGUGACAUAGUUAACGACCUCUCCGGAACGCGUUCUUUCAACGGCUAAAUAAUAGGGACUCAGAGCCCACAAUGAUCAUAUCCAGCCCAAGCAUUUUUUGCCCGAUUUGCGACUAAUGCGUAGGCGGAUUAGAAGCCUUGGUUUUUGGCUGGCAGCAGCGUAAGAUUUUCUAGACAAAUUUGUAUUGAGUUAUCAAAUCUCGUUUGGUUAUGUAUAUAAUGGGUAUUUUUAACUGCGUUAACGCCUAUGUUAUUGUUUUCAUACCUUUAGUGUUUGUAUCUUCAUUGACUUAAACAUUUGAGCCUGAUUUGUACUUUUGGUAGUGACAAAUUAUAAAAAUAAAUAUUUGUAUGUCUCUUGUAUCUUGUGUAUACAUAAUGAUUAUAUUUCUUUUAUUUAUUUACUAGUCUGGCAACACUGACCUAUCCGCAAAGGAUAUGCGAGUCAAGCCAAUUUAGCCUUAUUGAUACGACAUAGAAAUUAUAAAUAAUAGGUAUUUAGCUGAAAAUCCAGCUUAAAAAAAAUUGCGUUUUUAAAUAACUUUCUCGAGGUAAUAGUUAACGUUUUAAGUUUGUUUUGUGAAUAAUUUUUGUAAUAAAUUAAUUUCAGUAUUAA